CCGGAGGAGCUGUUCGAGCAGCGGGACAGAGAGGGAGCUAGAGCCUCCUCCUCUCCUCCUCCUCCUCCUCCUCUCCUGCUCCAGCUGCCAUCCUACUCCUGCUCCUCCCCCUCCUCCUCCUCCUCCUCCUCCUCCUCCUCCUCCUCCUCCACCAGAACCACUUCUCUUUCUCAUCACAUCCAGAGGUAAAUAAGCUACAUUCAACAGUCCCAGCCUCCUUCCAGGUACAUUUUCCAGCCUCCCCGCGGGUCUUGGCCGUGCCUCGCAGCCGUUCGGAGCCUCCGCGGACCGGGCCGAGGGGCACGCUGGAGAUGUGACAAAUAGGAGGUGAUUGGUGAUAUUAAGCAGCCUGUGCAGCGACGCGACCUCUUGACCUCUUCAGCAUGAAUGGUGAUAUGCCUCAUGUUCCCAUCACGACUCUUGCUGGAAUUGCGAGCCUGACAGACCUGUUGAACCAGCUGCCUUUGCCCUCUCCUCUGCCUGCCACCACCGCCAAGAGUCUCCUGUACAAUGGAAGGAUCUCCGAAGAGGUCAGCAGCCUGCUGGUGUGCCGAGAUGAGAAUCUGGUGACUCAGCUGGCUCACAGCCUUAACCAGGUGUCCACCGAACACAUAGAGCUGAAGGACAACUUGGGGAACGAUGAGCCCGAGGGGGACAUGCCGCCACUCCUCCAGACGCUGCUGUCCAGGAACCCCACCAUCUUCAGGGACAAAAAUGCCAGACAGCAACCGAUGAUGCAGCAGUACAAGAUGUCCCAGAACCAGGUCCAUGGCAGCCCGGCAUCGAACUACCAGCAGACCUCCGUUCCUCAGAGCCCCUCCGGAUGCUUCACGUCGCCUCAGUCGGGUUCGGGCGCCCGGUUCGUCCCCCAGCAGAACAGCCCCAUCCCCAGCCCCUACACCCCCCAGAGUCCUGCAGACUACAUGCAGUACAACCCCCCCAGCUAUUCCCAGCACCAGCAGACGCAGCAGGUCGCCGCCGGCGUGAGAAGCCUCCAUGAGAACAAAGUGUCCGGACAGCUCUCCAGCAACUCGUCCAAUCACAACGCCAGGCUGGGCUCGGACGGAGAGUACCUGAGCGCGGCUCACAGGCUGGGAAACGAGGAAAACGACUCUUCGGUGAAGGCGGCGGCGUUCUCCGUGAAGUCUCCGCAGUCCGCCUGUUCCCCCGCCGAGUCCCAGCAAGCCGCCAAAAGGUCCAGGCCUCCUCUCAUCAUGCAGUCGCCCCCGCCUGACGUAGCGCGGGGCGCGGCGCCCGACCUGCUGCUCGCCGCCGCCGACCGCAAGAAGAGGCCGAAGGAGAGGAGCCGAGAGGAGAGCGAGCAGGCCGACGGGAACGCCCUGUACGACAUCGUGAGCUCUCCGUCCAAAGACUCGGCCAGGCUGACGCUGAAGCUGUCCCGAGUGCGGUCCCAAGACCUGGACCCCCUCGAGGAGUCUCCCCGCAAGACGCACCCGCUCCCGGACCCGGACUCGCACCCGGACCGCGACCCGGCCGCAGUGCACGACGGCAGCCAGCCGUCCAGGACCGCCCCGGACAGGGCCGGGCCGGAGGAGCAGGCCAACUGUCAGCAGGGGGCGGCGCCGAGGCCCAACGCCAAGGAGGCGGGCGGGGUCAUCAGCGGGGCGGCGCCGGACGAGGCCGAGAUGGACGCGCUGGCGGAGAUGGAGAGGAUAGAGCGGGAGGCGGCCGGCGACAGGGAGCGCUGGUCCAAGGAGGUCCAGGACAAAGACAAGCCGCUGAAGAAACGGAAGCAGGACUCGUACCCUCAGGAGGCCGGGGCGGAGGCCGGCGAGCCGCCCAACGCCGUCGGCAAGCCGACGCCCAAGAAGACCGGCGCCACCAGCAACGGGUCCGGCCGGCCCGCGCUGAUGGUCAGCAUCGACCUGCAGCAGGCCGGGCGGGUCAUCGGGCAGCCCGUGGUCGUCCUGGAGGCCGAGCCGCUGUGCGAGGAUCACCUGCGGCGCCUCAAGUCCAAGUCUGACGGGAAGGUCGUCAAAGGCGCCGAGAGCCGGCCCGGGAUCAUCAAGCAUCAGGGCGACUCUCCCCAGAAGUCCGGCUCCGACGGGCCGGCGGAGACCCACAAACACAAGCUGGACGGGCGGCGCGACGCCAAACACAGACACGACGACAGGACGGACGGCGGCGGCAGGGGGGGCGGGGACGACAGGCGGCCCGACGCGCCGCGCCACAAACACGAGCGCCAUCCAGACCCCCUGCAGCGAGACGACAAGAACCACAACAGCCACCGCGCCGACGCGCCCAAGACCACCGGCAAGCUGGACCGCAACGCCAGGCACGAAGAGGACAGAGGCAGGGACAGACAGAAGGACAGGGACAGACACCGCGACAGAGACAAACACAAGGACAAGGACAAGGACAGGGAGAAAGUUAAAGACCGAGACAAAGACAGGGACAGGGACAGAGUGAAGGACAGGGUGAAAGACGGAGACAAAGACAGGGAGAAAGUUAGAGACCGGGACAAAGUUAAAGACAGAGACAAAGUCAAAGACAGAGAGAAAGUUAAAGAGAGGGACAAAGUCAAAGAGGAAGACAACGACAGAGAGGAAGAGAGAGACAGACACCGAGACAAAGAUAAAGUCAAAGACCGGGACGGAGACAGAGACAGAACCAAGAAACACAAGCUGCAGCAGUCCAGAGAGAACUGCAGCAGAGGCUCGCCUGAGCAGCAGCCCAGACCCGACAGUCCCAGAGCCAAGCCGGACGGGAGCCGGCGUCCCGCCGAGCUCAACGGCCAGCAGAAGACCGGCGGCGGCGGCGGCGCCGUCCUCCAGAGCCAGCAGGCCCGGGAGCACCGGACGGGCGGCGGCGCCGGCUGUCCCGCCAAACACCAGCCCUGCCAGUUCCCCUCCUACCUGCUGGGCGGCACGUCGGGGAGCCUCAAGAACUUCGUCAUCCCCAAACUGAAGCGAGACGGCAAGGACCGAGAGCCGUCGGGCCAGGGCAAGGCGGCGGAGGCCUGGAGCGAGCCGCGCGUCCGCCUGGAGCGAGUGUCGCUGGUGGACAACCUGAACAAGAAGGCCAAGCCCAUCGUGGUGCUGAAGAAGCUCAGCAUCGACGAGGUCAAGCGCAUCGUGAAGGACAACAGGAACGCCCACGGCGCCCGGCCCCGGAACUUCGACAGGUCUCCCAGAGAGACAAACAAGCGGAGACACAGUAUGAUCAGCAAGAAGUCCAAGUACACCGAGGUGAACUCUGACGAAGAGGAGGAGGAGAAGGAGGAAGAGGACAACUCCGACUCCGACGACGAGAUCGUGAGGAAAAGGCACAAAAAAGCCAACGACCGGACGUGGAGGCACGAGGAGCGGAGACGGUCCGGAGAGCAGCGGCGGAGCGGAGGGCUGCAGAACGCCCGGCGGGGCUCGGGGGGCCGGCAGCGGGACUGGAGGUCCGACCAGUCCGACGAAGAGUCCCCCACGCCCAGCCUGAGCGAGGUGGCCAGAAAACUGAAGAAGAAGGAGAAACAGAAGAACAGGAAGUUGUACGACUCCAAGAUGACUCAAGAGGAAAUGAUGGACUCCUCCGCCUUCAAGAGAUUUGCUUCCAGUGUGGACAACAUCCUGGAGAGCCUGGAGGACGUGGACCUCGCCGCUGCAGACGACGACGAGGUUCCUGAAGAGCUCCUGCUGGGGAAGCAUCAGCUGAGUGAGCUGGGCAGCGACUCCGCCAAGCUGAAGGCCAUGGGCAUCUUCAACAAGUUCUCCACCAGUAAGCUGGUGAAGAUCCUGAACGUGCUGGAGAAGAACAUCCAGGACAGCGUCAAGCUGUCCACCUUACUGAACCACGAUAACGAAUCUCUGGACGAGGAGCGGCUGUGGCGAGACCUCAUCAUGGAGCGGGUGACCAAGUCGGCCGACGCCUGCCUGACGGCGCUCAGCAUCAUGACGUCUCCGCACAUGCCCAAGGCGGUGUACAUCGAGGACGUGAUCGAGAGGGUUCUGCAGUACGCCAAGUUCCACCUGCAGAACUCCAUCUACCCCCAGUACGACCCGGCCUACCGGGCGGAUCCUCACGGAGGUGGCGUUCAUACGUCAAAGUCCAAGCGAGCGAAGGCGUCCGCCCACAAGCAGAAGGUGGUGGUGGUGCUCUACAACAAAGUGUGCGACAUCCUGAGCAGCGUGUCGGAGCUGCUGGAGAUCCAGCUCCUCACCGACACCACCAUCCUCCAGGUUUCCACUCUGGGCAUCACUCCGUUCUUCGUGGAGAACGUCAGCGAGCUGCAGCUGUGUGCCAUCACGCUGGUGACGGCGGUCUUCUCUCGAUACGAGAAGCACCGGCAGCUCAUCCUGGAGGACAUCUUCACCUCCUUGGCCAAAUUACCCACAAACAAACGGAGUCUCAGGAACUUCAGGCUGAACAGCGACUCGGACGGAGACGCCGCCCACAUCCAGAUGGUCACGGCGCUCGUGCUGCAGCUCAUCCAGUGCGUGGUGCAGCUUCCGUCGGACCGAGACCCGGAAGAGGAGCCCAAAAAGAAGGUGGACAAGGACGUCCUCAUCACCAACUCCUACGAAACCGCCAUGAGGACGGCGCAGAACUUCCUGUCGGUGUUUCUCAAGAAGUGUGGCAGCAAGCAGGGCGAGGAGGACUACAGGCCUCUGUUUGAGAACUUCGUCCACGACCUGCUGUCCACGGUCAACAGGCCCGAGUGGCCGGCGGCCGAACUGCUGCUCAGCCUUCUGGGCCGCCUCUUGGUGCAUCAGUUCAGCAACAAGCAGACGGAGAUGGCGCUCAGGGUGGCGUCGCUCGACUACCUGGGCACCGUGGCCUCGCGGCUGCGGAAGGACGCCGUCACCAGCAAGAUGGACCAGAAGGCCAUCGACCGCAUCCUCAGAGAGACCGAAGGCAGCGACGAGACGCAGCAGCUCCAGAAGGCUCUGCUGGACUUCCUGGACGAGAACGCCGAGACGGAUUCCGCCUUAGUGUUUGCCAGGAAGUUUUACAUCGCCCAGUGGUACAGGGACACGGCCAGCGAGGUGGAGAAGGCCAUGAAGUCCCAGAACGAGAGCGACGAGGACGUGAAAGGCUUCCGCCACUCCAGGGAGCUGGACUCCACCGAGGAGGUGGUGCAGAGGGCCGAGGCCAGGAAGAAGUUCCUGCGCAGGGCCAUGAAGGCCUCGGCGUCUCAGAGGACGAACUCGGACACCAUAGACUACGAGGACUCCUGUCUGGUCGUCAGAUACCUGGCCUCCAUGAGGCCGUUUGCACAGAGCUUUGAUAUUUAUCUGUCGCAGAUUCUGAGAGUGCUGGGCGAGAGCGCCAUCGCGGUCAGAACUAAAGCCAUGAAGUGUCUGUCGGAGGUGGUGGCCGUGGAUCCCAGCAUUCUGGCACGGCUGGACAUGCAGCGCGGCGUCCACUGCCGCCUCAUGGACAACUCCACCAGCGUGCGGGAGGCGGCCGUGGAGCUGCUGGGCCGCUUCGUGCUGAGCAGGCCCGAACUCAUCGAGCAGUACUACGACAUGCUGAUCGAGAGGAUACUGGACACGGGCAUCAGCGUGAGGAAGCGGGUCAUUAAGAUUUUGAGGGACAUCUGUCUGGAGCUGCCCGACUUCCACAAGGUCACCGAGAUGUGCGUCAAAAUGAUCCGGAGGGUCAACGACGAGGAAGGCAUCAAGAAACUGGUGAACGAGACCUUCCAGAAGCUGUGGUUCUCCCCGACGCCCAGCCACGACAAAGACGCCAUGACCAGGAAGAUCCUGAACAUCACGGACGUGGUGCUGGCGUGUAAAGACUCCGGCUACGACUGGUUUGAGCAGCUCCUCCAAAACCUGCUGAAGUCAGAAGAAGAUGCUUCGUACAAACCUGCCAAGAAGGCCUGCGUUCAGCUGGUGGACAACCUGGUGGAGCACAUUCUGAAAUACGAGGACUCGCUGGCAGAUUGUGAAGACAAAGGGGUCAACUCGGGUCGCCUGGUGGCGUGCAUCAACACUCUGUACCUGUUCAGCAAAAUCCGGCCUCAGCUGAUGGUCAAACACGCCAUGACCAUGCAGCCCUACCUGACCACCAAGUGCAACACUCAGAGCGACUUCAUGGUGAUCUGCAACGUGGCCAAGAUCCUGGAGCUGGUGGUGCCGCUGAUGGACCAGCCCAGCGAGACCUUCCUCACCACCAUAGAAGAAGACCUGAUGAAGCUCAUCAUCAAAUACGGCAUGACGGUGGUCCAGCACUGUGUGAGCUGCCUCGGCGCUGUCGUCAACAAGGUCACUCACAACUACAAGUUUGUUUGGGCUUGUUUCAAUCGUUACUACGGAGCUCUGGCGAAGCUGAAGACGCAGCACCAGGAGGACUCCAGCAGCUCCACCCUGGCUGCCAACAAGCCCACGCUCCUGCGCUCGCUCUUCACCGUGGGAGCGCUCUGCCGCCACUUCGACUUCGACCAAGAGGAGUUCAAAGGCGCCAACAAGAUCGUCAUCAAGGAGAAGGUUCUGGAGCUUCUGCUGUACUUCACCACUCACGAGGACGAGGAGGUGCAGAUCAAGGCCAUCAUGGGACUCGGCUUCCAGUUCAUCAUGCACCCGGAGCUCAUGUUCGUGCAGGACGUGAAGGUUCUGUACAACAGCAUCCUGUCGGACGAGAGCAGCCUGGUCAGCCUGAAGAUCCAGGUGCUGAAGAACCUGCAGACGUACCUGCAGGAGGAAGACUCUCGAAUGCAGGAGGCAGACCGGGAAUGGAAGACGCAGGCCAAGCAGGAGGACCUGAAGGAGAUGGGGGACAUCUCGUCCGGCAUGAGCAGCUCCAUCAUGCAGAUCUACCUGAAGCAGGUGCUGGAGUCCUUCUUCAACUCCCAGUCCACCGUCCGACACUUCGCCCUCAGCGUCAUCACUCUGACCCUCAGCCAGGGCCUCAUCCACCCUGUUCAGUGCGUGCCCUACCUGAUCUCCAUGGGAACAGACCCGGAGCCGACCAUGAAGAACAAAGCCGACCAGCAGCUGGUGGAGAUCGACAAGAAGUACUCCGGCUUCAUUCAUAUGAAGGCGGUCGCCGGGUUGAAGAUGUCGUAUCAGGUGCAGCAGGCCAUCAACGCCUCUAAAAACACGGUGAUCCGAGGCUUCCGUCACGACGACUCGGACUCGGCGCUGUGCUCGCACCUCUACACCAUGGUCCGAGGGAACCGGCAGCACCGGCGGGCCUUCCUCAUCUCCCUGCUCAACCUGUUCGACGACAGCUCCAAAACGGACGUCAACAUGCUGCUGUUCAUCGCCGACAACCUGGCCUGCUUCCCGUUCCAGACGCAGGAGGAGCCGCUCUUCAUCAUGCACCACAUAGACAUCACCCUGUCGGUGUCCGGCAGCAACCUGCUGCAGUCCUUCAAAGAGUGUUUACGUAAAGACCCCGUCCGACAUGAGAAGAAGGUGAAGACGAAGAAGAAGAAGAAGAGGAAGAAGCAGCAUUCUCACCGGAAGAAACGCGGCUCGGACGAGGACGAGGAGCGGAGCAGCAGCUCCAGCAGCAGCAGCUCGUCCUCCAGCAGCAGUGAGGACGAAGACGAGGAGGAGGAGGAGGCGGUGCGCAGGAAGAAGAAGCCUGCGGACUCGGACUCGGACGUGGAGGACGAGGACGCGGUGAUGGACCGGCUGCCCGACAACAGCAGCCCCCUGCUGGACUUCGCCAGCGCGUCGCAGGGCAUCCUGCUGCUGCUGGUGCUCAAGCAGCACCUGAAGAACCUGUACGGCUUCUCCGACAGCAAAAUCCAGAAGUACUCUCCCACGGAGUCCGCCAAGGUGUACGACAAGGCGGUGAGCAGGAAGUCCAAGGUGCACUUCAACCCCGCCCAGACGCUGGAGUACCUGAAGCGCGACCUGGCCCACACCGAGCUCAGCUACGACUCCAAGAGGAACAUCGUCAAGCAGUACCUGAACUUCAAGCUCCUGAUGGAGCACCUGGACCGCGACGAGGAGGACGAGGAAGGUGAGGCCAACGCCACCGCCAGAAACAAAGCCAUCAGCUCGCUGCUGCAGGUGCCCAAGUCCCGCAACCACAACCACAGCAACCACCACAGCGCGCCGGCAGAGAGCGACGAGGACGACAGCGAGGACGAGGACCCUCCCGUGAGGAAGCCGAGGAGAGGCGGGGACGGCGGCGGCGGCGGCGACGACUCGGCUCAGCCCGCGGAGACGGUGGAGGUGAUGGACGUGGUCGCCAUCCGCUGCCCCAAAUACAAAGACAGACCUCAGAUCGCCAGGGUGGUGCAGAAGACCCGGGGCGGCUACAGCAUACACUGGAUGACCGGCUCGUACUCCGGAGCCUGGGCCGUGGCCAAGAAGAGGGACGGCCGCAAAAAGGUGCCUUGGGUGGACAACAUCAAGGAGUCGGACAUUAUCUACAAGAAGAUCUGCCUGACCAGCGGGCAGAAGCUCUCCAACAAGGUGGCACAGACGUUACGGGCGCUUUACGCCGCCAAGGACGGGACCUAGAGCUCACCCACUGAAACCACGCACACACCCCGACACACACCCCUACACACA